UCACAACGCGUCUCGUCCGAAGCGCCGCGACGCGAACGUCUCGUCUAGUACAAUCUAGAUUAUACCAUUGGCAGAGCUGAGAGAUGCGGUAUUUUUAAGAAGCCGUGGAUAUAAAUCGCGCAGUAAGCGAGGUCUUUAUUCAGUGCAAAUACGAACGUUUCGAUCGCCACAAUAUCGUCCGCUCUGAUGUGAGAAAAGAAAAUCGGCAAGUUUCACCGGCGAGAGUAUCCGAUUUUCGAUCAAAAUGUCGCAGAAAUCGGGAAGUAGCGGCGCCGCGGAAGCGGAAUCCACGUCGCAGGCGUACAAGGUGCUCCGGAGCGAUCAAGUUGGCAGAUACAUGGUCGCGAGCAGAGAACUGCAGGCUGGCGAGGAGAUCAUGACGGAGAUGCCAUUCGUCGUCGGCCCAAAAGCAUGCACCUAUCCCUUGUGCCUCGCCUGCUAUACACCCUGGCCGCCUAGUCCAGAUGACAAACCGCUGUGCUCCAAGUGCGGUUGGCCAGUUUGCGGCGAGGAAUGCGAGAAUUCGCUGCAACAUAAAGAUUACGAGUGUCAGGUGUUCGUGCAGGCGAACGAGAAGUUCAACGUAACCGCCGCGCUGGAUGAGAACAAUGAAAAUGGCGUGCCACAAUUAGAAUGUAUAACGCCGUUGAGGCUUCUGUUAGAGUCGGAAAAGAGUGUCGAGAGAUGGAACAGCGAAGUGAGGGACAUGGAGGCGCAUACUAAGAUAAGAUGUCAAAAGUCGCAAUGGAAGUCGGAUCACGUCAACAUCGUCGAGUACCUGAGGAAGCGACUUAAACUCGACAGAUUCUCGGAGGAGUGCAUACAAAUGGCAUGCGGAAUUCUGGAGAUUAACACGUUCGAAAUUCGGACGGCGAAAGGAUACAGCGCGCGGGCUCUUUAUCCGACGGUCGCCAUGAUGAACCACUCGUGCGUCUCAAACAUGUCCCAUACCAUAUCGCCGAUCGAUUACAGGAUACGACUGCGCACCACGCUCAAAAUCCCGGCGGCCGGUGAACUUUACGCGAGUUACACGCACUCGUUGCUUCCGACGCUGCUGCGGCGCGAACACCUGCUCGAGGGCAAACACUUCGCCUGCGCUUGCCCGCGAUGCUCAGAUCCCACGGAAUUGGCCACCCACAUGUCCUCGCUCAAGUGCAACAAAUGCGACAACGGAAUCGUCCUGCCGCUGGAUUCCUUAGAUGCGGAAAGCGCGUGGAAGUGUACGCAUUGCGAGUACUCCAUCAACGGGCAAGCGGUGCGCAAAGUCUUCCGGAUCAUCCAAGCGGAAGUAGAUAACGUUGAGGCCAUCAGCGGGGCUGACGGAGCCGAUGCGAUUCACGAGAGAGAGACCGUUCUGAGGAAGUAUCGAUCAGUUCUGCAUCCUCGUCACGCUUUCCUCACGAUACUGAGGCAUUCGUUGACUCAAAUGUACGGCCGAGUUGACGAGUAUUUAUUGGACGAUCUGCCGGACGUCGUGUUGGAGCACAAAGUCGACAUGUGUCGUUUGUUACUUCAGAUAUUGGACGUGGUGGAGCCCGGAUACAGUCGUAUAAGAGGUAUGACGUUAUACGAGCUGCACGCACCGUUACUCUUCCUAGCUAAAGGCCAAUGGAAUGCCGAUGUCAUCGACGAAGCCGGUCUAAAGUCCAAGAUGACGGAAGCCGCAAACAUCCUAAAAGAGGCGGCCACGAUAUUAACAUUGGAAUCGCCGGAGACGGCAGAGGGGCAGAUAGGACUCGUCGCCAAGGAGUCCCUGAUCCAAUUGGAAGAAUCCAUAAAUAAUUUAUAAAUAUAUUCGUUGUGUAAAUAUAUUCUUACUUGUGCGAACUUGUUUACCAAUAAACUCACACCUUUACGUA